CGCGUUCCGUGAGAGCGGUACACUCUCUUCACCGAUGUAGCCUAGGAGACCGCUAGCACUUUGCAUUGGCCCGCCCACCACUCGAUUUGGGGAGGGGACGCUUUGGCGCCCCUCUGGCCGAUGUUCUCUGCGAGGGGCGAGCAAGGUUAAGAAGCAGGGAGCGCUGCUUCGAGCAUUCAUCGAGCUCAGCGACACCGGGCACUUUCAAGACCUCAUGGCACGCGCUUUCUUGCUUCCUGCCCUUCUUGCGGCCUUCGCCGGUGGACUCGCCUCCGCGCAGAACGCGACCGACGACAACGCUGCCGCAUGUGCUGACAUCGCGAGCAAAAUUUCGAGCGCGUCCGAGGUGUUCUACCCCAAUACUACGGAGUACACCGCCGAUAUCACUCUGCCAGCGAGUUUUUUCAACCGCGCGAACGCAACGUGCGUCGUUGAGCCCGGAUCCGAUGAAGAUGCCGCGAUAGUGAUGACGUCUCUGCGCGAGCACUCGAAUGCCGUUUUCGGUAUCAUGGGUGGUGGCCACAAUCUGAAUGCCGGCUUCUCGUCCACCACCGGCGUGCUCGUCGCCCUCCGGCGCUUCGACGAAGUCACGGUCAUCCCUGCACCUGGAGAUAACAACCAGGUUGCGCUGGUCAAUAUCGGUGCUGGCCAGACCUGGGACCAGGUCUUCGCCCAGACCGUACCCCAGGGCGUGAACGUUGUCGGUGGUCGCUUCGCUACCGUUGGCGUCGCAGGUAUCUCGCUCGGUGGUGGAUACUCGUGGAUUUCUAACGAGCAUGCGCUGGCCAUCGACAACGUUGUCUCCUACACCUGGAUCUCGCCCAAGGACUCGUCCAUCAACAACGUCACCGCCGAAAGCAACCCCGACGUAUUUUUCGCGCUCAAAGGUGGCCUCAACAACUUCGGUCUGGUGACCAAAUUCCAGACGCGCGGGUACAACCAGACUAACAAGGUCUGGGCCGGCACCAUCUACACCCAACCUGGUGUAUCCGACGAGGUCGCAGAAGCUCUCGCUGACUUCUCGGAGAACAACACGGACGUGAAGGCGCAAGUUGUCGGCACGUUCGCUCGCGGCAGCAACUCGUCUUUCGAGGUUUUGGUUCUGCACUACAACGCGGAGACUCCAGAGCCGCCCGCCGUCUUCGAGAAGUUCUUGAGCUUCCCGCGCCAGAAUCAGUCCGACUUCUUCCUGCGUACCUUCGACAACUUCACGAGCGCCUCUCUCCAGACCAUCACCUUCCUUAAUGGCGAGCGCACCCGCUACUCUACUCUCGCCGUUGAGGGCCACCCGCUCAGUGUCGUGAAGGCCUUCCAGAACCAGCGCGACACCCUCGGCCCACAGCUCGAAGCCCUCGACCCGACGUUCUUCGGCUCCUGGACCGUCGAGCCGUUCAUCAAGUCCUACUGGGACACCGCCGUUGAAUCCGCGACGCCGCACAGCUCCGAGCACGUCCUCUUCCCGCCCAACCUCGAGUACACCUGGAACGACCCCUCGCUGAACGACUUCAUGUUCGAGUCGCUCGCCAACUCGACCAACGCGCUCAUCCAGGCCGCGCUCGAUGCGGGACAGAACGUGUCGACGCAGAUCAUCUACCCCAACUACGCCCAGCCCCAGACCCCGGUCGAGCAGUUCUACGGCCAGAACUUGCCCCGUCUGCAGCAGAUCCGCGCGACGGUCGACCCGGAGAACGUGAUGGCGCGUGCUGGCGGCUUCAAGAUCCAGUAAACGGGCUGCAGCUUCGCUAAGGCGCUUCGUGCCCCUCCAAGUUCAUCGAUAGAUGAUGUUCGGUUGGUUAUCUAAUUAUGCUCUCGAUAACUGGCGCUGUCCUAUAUAUCUUGCUCUCGACUCAUACAAUCCUUUCCAUGGUCUAGCGAUGCAUUGUCAAUCAUGGACCGAUAUCUCAUAACUUGGUUACAAGUCGGUAAUCGCAUGUAACUAUUAGUAUAUCGCACUCUUAAUAACUAUCACGAAGACAAA